AAAUACUAAGACAAAAAGAAAACCUAUUAAGAAGUAGCACCAACCCAAAUGGCAAAAUGAAAACCCAAAAGGGCAGAGAAGAAUCAAGAAUCUCUCUCUGUUCUUAGUUUGGUUUUCUCUAAGCCUUUCCUUUCCUUUCUUUUCAUUUCACCAUAAGACAAACAAAGCUUAAACUACAAGGUUCCUUUCCUUCCCUUAUUGAACUCCACAAAGCCAAGGAAGAGAAAGGAAUUAAUAAAUAUGGUUCAAAAGAAGGUACUAAAGAAGGUUGGUAUCAAAGGUGAUCAUAUUAAUAAACCAGAGAAGCGCUUCACAAACAUGAAGCUUUCUUCUUCUGCUUCUUUGUCUUCUCAGAACCAAGAUGGAAAAAGCAAAGGUACCGACAUGAAGAAGAAAAUUAAGAAACCAAUAAGGUCAAUCAAUCUUUCUGAUAUUGAGGCUCUUCAAUCACCUUCUAGAAGAUUCACAUCCCAGCCGGGAAAGACACCGCCACCAUCUCUUCAUGUUCCAAGAACUACUACACCAGCAGCUUCCCCACAAAAGCAGAAUACUCCGCUGAGAACAUUCGAUGGAAAUUCUCCAAAUUACAUGAAGCCCACAAGCAGUUCACAUGCGAAAAAGGAACUUUUCCCAGUGAGCCUAAAAAACACUGCUACUCAAACUAGUACUAAUAAUUCCAAGAGUCUUCAAAAGAAAUUCUCAAGUGAUUCAAAGAAAGUAGCUAGCUCUGUUUCCAGCAAAAAAUCUGCAAAGAAUUUCACAAGAUCAUCAAGUUUGAGUCUGGUGAGAUCCCUAACAAAGACUACUAGUUUCAAAGCUUCUUCUAGAACUUGUCCGAAAAAAUCGACAGCCAGACCCACUUGUUCUUCGACAUUGAAGGACUCAAAGUUUCCGGCAUACCUUAUGCUUAAUCCCGGGGGAAGCGAGUCGGAGGGAACUUCUAUGGCCAAGGUUUGUCCGUACACUUAUUGUUCUCUUAAUGGUCACCGGCAUGCAGACUUGCCUCCGCUCAAGAAUUUCGUGACAGCAAAGCGGCGACUCCUGAAGAAGCAGAAGAGCAAUAUGCUUGAUGCUUUGAGUCCUCGGAAAUCAAAUAUGAAGGUGCCUUGUGAUACAAGGAGUGGCUCUAAGAUUGGCACGGAUGGCUUUAUUGAGAUCUAUGCUAAGGAAAAGGAAGCAGAGUCAAUUGAAUUGCAAAAAUUCGAUUUGAUUGUGGAGAAUGAGGAUCCAAAGGAUUGUGUUCCCAAGGGAAUUGUUCCAAAUGAGCGAAAUCCAGAAGAUGAUUCGGAUGAAGGGAACGAUCAAACUAUGUGGUCUCAUGAAGAAAUAAGCAUGGGAAGCUAUUUCAGCGAUGAUAGCUAUGAUGGAGAACUCAAAAAGGAUGUUGAAAUGGAAGAGUCUAAUUCUGAUUCUGGAGCUAAUGGAAUGGAAUGGGAGGAGAAACUGCUUUGUGGAUUUGGCCAAGAAGACGAUGCUGAUUCUUCGGUGUUUUCGGAUGGCGAAAAUGACUCAAAAGUUGAGUCUUUGUCUCAGAGUUCUCAGGAAGUUUCGGUUACAUGGUUAGAUGACAUACUUAGCAGCUAUUGUGAUGACAUUUUUUCUGAAAAAACAAUGCAGAUACCGGAAGCGAAUGCAAAAGAAAGCGAAUUGAAGAAAGAGCAACAAGGAAAGAGUUCUGUUCCGAAACUUGCGAAUGGAGCUGUUGAAAUUCAAGAAAAUGGUUACUCAUCAUGUGAGUUGGAUUGUGAUGAAUCUUUGUUAACAGAGUAUUCCAAAAUGGGAGAAGAUAAAGGGAAUGAUAAUGAAAAUGAAAAUAGCCAUUGUCAAAUUAAAAUGUUUGAUAUGGCUGAAGGCGGAGCCAUGGUUAUUCAAGAAAAGGACUUUCUUGAGAAAGAUCAACGCAAAGCGAAUAAGUUUGUCCGGAACAUAAUGAACGGUGGUGAAGAGCAGGACACAAGCAAGAACUGGAAAAUCAUGAUUAAGCGAAGAAAGGGAGCGGAAGAUGAAGUUGAGGCUAGGAAUUUCGACUCAAGAGAGCCGAAUUUCCUGCCAUUGGUUCCAGUACAAGAACCUGAGAAGGUUGAUCUUAGGCACCAGAUGAUGGAUGAGAGAAAGAAUGCAGAGGAAUGGAUGCUGGACUCUGCGCUGAGACAAGUCGUAACGAAACUCGCUCCGGCUAGGAAAAAGAAAGUAGCACUGCUUGUUGAAGCCUUUGAAAUGGUGAUGCCAAUUCCAAAAUGUGAAGAGUCUCACAUGAGAAGCAGUUCUUCAGCCUUCGAUCCGCAUUCAGGACAUAUUCAAGCUUGCAGAUGAUGCUGCUAUGAGGAAGCAUAGCCAAUCUCUAGCAGAAUUGAAAACUGAAGAAUGGACCAUAAAGUGGAAAAUGAAUCGC